AUGAACUACUAUGGGCAGUCUAGAGAUCAAGGGCCGCUAGAGGGGUCCUUUGCUUUGUUAACACCCCCACUAUCUCUUGCCUUCCGAACGAUGAAGCAACGCACUAAGUUUAGCGGUGCGGGAAGCAAAGAAAGUCACCCGCGCUUUUCCCACGCGAAAAGCGCCCCAGAAGUUACCAGCCUUCUGGUCUCAGUUCCCGGUCCCUUUGUCCGCGUCGAACCACCUGAAAGUCAAUCUGUCGCUAGCUACGGAGUACACCCGUACCCGGACCAGGGUCAAAGAAUUCGUCUAAUAGCGUCCGAACGGCUCAUAAUCGUCAUUGAAUCCCUCGAUAUCUCUUCUAAUUCAUCCGAUCUUGCAUCAAGGCAUACCUUAGUAGCUAGUUCGAUCGUCUCGGGCCGUUCCCGCUUCGGCAGCAGCUCUAGUGUCCGGCGCCAAAAAAAAAAGGCGCGCGUCUGCCAGACUGUCCGAAUUCUCCAGAAAGGGUUUGAAGGAACAAAACCACAACAACCCAGACACGUCAUUCCCCGCAUCCUCCGGUGGAAGAGCAGAGCUAUCGAGCGCAACUACUCUAAACCACAAGUGAUAAUUGUUCGGAGCCCCCAAGAGUGCACUGAGAAGAAGAUAAGUGAAAAGGAGGAAACAGGGCCCGUAUGCUUUGUUGAAUGGGCUCAUUUCUUAUGGACAAUACCUCCCCUGCAAUCAUACUAUUAUAGUCCUUUUCGCAAGAACUCGCUGAGACUUGAGGGGCGAUGUAAAUGUAUCAUCAAACCCAACAUGUGCAGAUGA